AUGUCUGACGAGGCGUCAGCCACCACUUCGUACGAGAAGUUUCUAACCCCUGAGGAGCCCUUCCCGCUCUUAGGACCUCCUCGCGGGGUGGGCACCUGUCCAAGCGAGCGGGGGACCGCCGGGGCGCCCCCCCCCCAACAAGCCCCCGUUCUGGUCCUUCGCCCCUGGCUGCACUUCCAAUCGUGGAACCUAACUUCUUGUGGAACAAGUGUUGCCAGCUCAGAAUGCAGUGAGGAACUGUUUUCAUCAGUUUCUGUUGGAGAUCAAGAUGAUUGCUAUUCCCUGUUGGAUGAUCAAGACUUCACUUCUUUUGAUUUAUUCCCUGAGGGGAGUGUCUGCAGUGAUGUCUCUUCUUCCAUUAGCACUUACUGGGAUUGGUCAGAUAGCGAGUUUGAAUGGCAGUUACCAGGCAGUGACAUUGCCAGUGGGAGUGAUGUUCUUUCUGAUGUCAUACCCAGUAUUCCAAGUUCACCUUGCCUGCUUCCUAAAAAGAAAAACAAGCACCGGAAUUUAGAUGAACUUCCUUGGAGUGCAAUGACAAAUGAUGAGCAGGUGGAAUAUAUUGAGUAUCUGAGUCGUAAAGUCAGUACUGAGAUGGGUCUUCGGGAGCAACUUGAUAUUAUUAAAAUCAUUGAUCCUUCUGCUCAAAUCUCCCCUACAGACAGUGAGUUUAUUAUUGAACUUAACUGUCUCACAGAUGAAAAACUAAAACAGGUCAGAAACUAUAUCAAGGAGCAUAGCCUUCGCCAACGGCCUGCGAGAGAGGCCUGGAAGAGAAGCAACUUUAGUUGUGCAAGCACCAGUGGAGUGAGCGGUGCCAGUGCCAGCGCCAGCAGCAGCAGUGCCAGCAUGGUCAGUUCUGCAAGCAGCAGUGGGUCCAGUGUUGGAAACUCUGCUUCAAACUCCAGUGCCAACAUGAGUCGAGCACACAGUGACAGCAACCUGUCUGCAAGUGCAGCAGAGCGGAUUCGGGAUUCAAAAAAACGAUCCAAGCAGCGGAAGUUACAGCAGAAGGCCUUCCGCAAGAGGCAGCUGAAAGAGCAGAGGCAGGCCCGGAAGGAGAGGCUCAGCGGGCUCUUCCUUAAUGAAGAGGUGCUGUCCUUGAAAGUGACUGAGGAAGACCAUGAAGCAGAUGUUGAUGUUUUGAUGUAAUAAGGGUGAAUUUAUCAGUUUUCCUUCUGAGCAUUAAAGCAUUCUAUCCUUAUUGGUUUACAUACAUCUUGACCAAAAUUUUGGUUAGGGCUGUGCUGAUGUACCAUUAAUAAUUUAGGCCAAUGGUUCUCAGGGGUUGGUCCCUGGACCUGCAGCUUCAGCAUCACCUGAGAAGUUGUUAGGAUGCAUACUACUGGGCCCUAACCCAGACCUAGUGAGUCAGAAACCAUGGGGGGAAGGGCCCACCAUUGUGUUUUAACAGGUUAUUCUUUUGCACACUCUAGUUUAAAAACCACUGGAUUAGGUAAAAUUUUGAUUAUUUAAACUUUAUGGUGGUUAAGUGGGCUUUUUCAAAGACUGGUACUUUUACAGUUUUGAAGAUUUCAAGGUACUGCUAACAAGUAGUUAUUAUGUUAGUAUAUGUAUAUAUGUAGAGGUCAUAAUUCAGUUCCCUUCUUAAUGUUAUGAUUUCUUAGUUUACCUUUUCUAAAGGGCCAUAGCAUAAUUCUCAAUUCCUGAUGGAAAUCUUAUUUUGAGGUGUGGGGGUGGGCAAGGUGUAGAUUGCUGUUUACAAUAGUGCCUUCAUUAGGUUUAGUUCUGUUUUCAUUCAUUAUUAAUUCAAAGGUGUAAGGACAGGCCCUAAUUUUUUUCCUUUUAGAUUUGUUUUUGUUUAUCACUUUAUGUAAAUUCAGAAUUCUUUCUGUAAGUGAUGGUAUGGAGUAAAUAAUGUUACUAGUAGCUGAAUUUUAGACAGGAUGCUAUAUUGAUUAAUAUUCAAAUGGAGAAAACAAUUAAGCAAAACAACCAAUUCUUUUCCAUUGCUUUCUGAAAUUUUAGGCUGUAAAAUUGUCUCAAAGGCAGAAAAUCAAUCUCUCUCUCAAGUUCUUUCUUAGGCCAUUUUUUUUUCCAGCACAGCUCUAAUUUUUUAAUAUUUGGUAUAAUAGCUUCUGGCAUGUGAACAGGUUAAUGUUCAAAAAUAAUUAAUGAACAUUAUAGUUCUGCUAAAUUUCUCUGUAAAAUGCUAGAAAUAUACAGAGCAGUGAGGUAUAGAAAACACUUUAGCUUGUUGAUUAUUAAUAGAACUCUAAUUUUAAAUGUGAAAUCAUGGAAUUUCUUUAAAUGUUUUCCUAGAGUUUCUUAUCAUGAAUAUUAGAAAUAGCUUCCUUUUCUUUUACCACAUCUUUAAAUACUCACAUGGGUUAAAGAAGAUGGAAACUGAUACUACUGACAAUCAAGCUGCUUUCUGACUUUCAUAACUUUUUAAAAUUGUGGAUAAUAUUUGGGAGGUGAUCAUGAUUCUGUAGGAAGAAGAGUUGUAAUCAAUAUUUUUUUAAGUUCUAGAGUCCAGAGGUUAAUAGGAUAUCUGCUUUUUUAAACUUGUUAUAUCAAGUAGCUCGUUAAGAAGAUUAACAGCUUAAAUUCUUAAUUCUCAGUUGAUAUAAAGUCUUAAACUUUUCUUACAAUCAUGUAUUUUCAAAUUUGAAAUAAUUUUGGUUUCUUGAAUGUUACAAAAUUGAAAUUGAAGAUUAAAAUUAAUACAUUGCAGCUUUGUUGAAGUCUGUGGUAUGGUCGUAACCUUUUGAAGACUGUUACAGUCAUAAUUUUUAAUUUUGCUAAGAUAAAAGAUCGUAUAUGUGUCUAUGGUUUUCGGUUGGAAUAGUCCUUAUGACUUUCCUCCUACUCCCUCUUUGGUGGUCAUAACCAGCUUAGAGGGCCCAAAGAGAGCUUGGGGAUAGACCCCAGAAUACUCUGAGGAAGGUGGAAAAGGUCAACCUGGUUGUUUUCUCAUCCAGAUGUAGGAAGAGCAAAUAGAGAGAAAAGCAAUAUAUGAGUUUUCUACUUGCUCUUAGCAAAAGCAAGAUCCCACAGAAUGAUUGCCUGCUCUCUAUACCUAUUCUCUAAGGAAAAUGGGCCACUUUUGGAGAUCAUAGAGCAGCAUUUACCUGUCAAAUAUUGGAAACUACUUACCUGACAGUGACUAGUAAAAGAAAAUCCUAAACAGGGUCAUGAUGUAAUUUAAGACCAAUUCCUCUAUUCUUGUAACAAUCACAUAGUCUUAUUACCUUAGGUUUAACUUAAGUCACUAUUUAAGCAAGUUUACCAAAGUGCCACAAAGCCAAUUUGUAGUUUGUGAAGGUUUUAGUGUUUAUAGAAGUGCAUCAUAAAAUUUUGUGUAAAUCUGGGUGCACUGUCUUUACAGUACUAUAAGUUAGAGAUAGCUCAUAAAGUUGGUUUGGAGGAGAUUGAAAAUAUUUCCUUCGAUUAAAAGAAAAAAAAUAAACAAUUUGGGCUCGCUUAUGAUUCUAGGGGGAGAUUAAAAAGUCUUUCCCUAUCCCCCCCCCAAAAAAAAGAAACCAGCAGAAGACAUAAACAAAAAAGCUCUUUUUUCUUUGUUAAUGUGCUAUACAUUUUUAUGUUGUAAUGCCUAAUGUAGAUAAUUGAAGUUUGGAUUAUCUCUUUCUUGGAGUAAUAAUUUAUUCAAUCUGGUAUAUCUCUGAGUUCAAUUUAAAACAAAACCAACUCAGUAUGUUUUGAAAUAUGAACCCUAACCAAUUAAUAAAAAGGCGAGACUUAGCUGCUCCAGUGUUGAUUCUCAUCUGCAGAGAACCAACUUUUAAAGUAAACCUUGUGAACUGAGGGCAUGAUAAAGUCCUCACAGAUUUACCCAGAAACACAUUAUUAGAGAUCUUAAGGUAGUAUGUCAGUUCUUACCACAGUAUGAACCUUGAGUUAAACAAAAUGGCAUGUAUUUUUCUACAGUUUUGCAACUGUAUUAAAGGAAGACAGUGUACUCUAAUGCGUAAUGGGGUAUAAAGGGCUAGUACAUGCUGUCUUAACAAGAACUUAGAGUAAAAUCACACUUUUUUUCAUGAGACUUGUCUCAUUUUUUGUUAGGCUAUGGCAGUUUUGUUCAGUUCUUCCAUUCCUUGGGUAAAUUAGAUAUUACUGAAUUAAUACCAGAAACUGACUUCUCAAAUAAUAACUUUUUAUAGAUUGGGUGGACAUCACAUUUUACUUAGCUUUUAAAAGUGCUAAAUCCCCUUAUGUAGGAAAAAUUACAAGAAACUACUGUAUAAAGGUAUCCAGAUUCUGAUGAGCUUUAAAAAUUUUUAAAUUUAUCAAAUGUCUUCAUAUUUAAGUCCAAAAUAUUAGUAUACAACCAAUACAGAAGUCUUACCUGUUUCUGGGUUCUCUAGCAGAGGCUUUUUGUUUGUGGCUUACUCUAUAGCCUCAUGUGCCUUAAAGGUGGUGAACUCUGUACUUUUUGUCAAUGUCAGGCUUUUCCAAACUCAAAAGUAAUCCAGGUGUUGUAAUUCAUUUCAUAUAAUGCCCAUGGUGUUGGGUAUCAGUAAGCAAAGCCAUUAAAUUGAACCAAUUAAUGGUUAUAGAGUGUGAAACAAAACAAAAACCUUCAGAUCUUAAGUUUUAUUUGCAUAACUUUAUUUUCAUUGAAGACCCUUGAAAGUUAUCUAAAGUGGAAUUUAAUGUAUUCUUUAAUUUUUUAAAAUUUUUUCUGAAAAAGGGUCAUAGGCCAGGAUAUUUUUUAAAACCAGAUAACUUAGUAUCUGGAAAGAUAAUUUGUUUGUUUAUGUUUUUUUUGGCACUGGCCUAUACAGGGAUUCAAACCCCUUGACCUUGGCAUUAUAACACUGCUCUAACCAACUGAGUGAACCAGCCAGCCCCUGGAACGAUAAUUUUCAAGGUAUAGACAAAAGCCCUUCAAGAAUAGAGAUUAUGUAGCAAGUUGAUUAUCUUGUUAACUUUAGGGAUUCUUUGAAUUCAUUUGUGUAAUAGCUGGAACACUCCCCUCCUCUUUCCUUUAACAAAUUACCUUUUAGCACUUCUGUCUUCAAGCAAAAUGUUUGUUUGGAAUUGGUAGGGGGUACUUAAAGUCAGUGUAUAGUUUAGAACAGUAGAUAGGAAAAUUCCUAGUUGCAUUCAAAUAAUAGUGUUGAUGUUGAGCUCACUGACAUUCAACAUGUCUAAACUUGAUAUAAAUUCAAUCCUGAAAAGAACUGCUAGUUAGGAAAUAAGUAUUUGUAAACAUGUACUGUGGUAACUUUUAAGUCUAAUAAAGUAAGACAGAUUUUUGUCUUAAAAAUGAUAUUAUGCUAAGUGGAUGAGAACCAUCUAAGAGAUAUUUCGAACUAGGCUUCUCUGUCCGCAUAGUAUCUGGAACAUAGUUCCUUAGAAUGCUGUAGUCAUUUCUUUGGAAAAUAAUUUACUUAUUCCAAAAGGCUUAGAAGGAACUCUGAAAAUUCCUCUAACUGGCUAUUAAGAGUAAGGAAGUUGUGUGGUGUAGCUGAAGAUCUGAGUUGACUCACUAAAAUUUUACUUUCAUAUUUUUUCUAAUACAGGUAUUAAAAUUAUUUGUUUUCAGCUCUUUUAAGUAUUUUUCAAAUUAAGAAUGUUAAUGUUUUAACAUAGAUCACAUGAUGGUAAAUUAAAUUAUUUUAAUUUGGCAUUCAUACUGACUCAGAAAAACUGGUUUGGUCUUUUCUGAAUUCAGUAUGUAGUACUUUUUCCUUAUUAAGUUUUUUACAUCUUUGUGGUCAGUGGAACCUGUGAAAAUUUGUGUUCUUUUUUGUGGUGAGGGUGGGGUGAAAAAGGGAGAAUUGCUCCAAUUAUGCAUAUACACUUUGACUAUGUAAAGGUAAUUGUAGAAUUGAUGUGUAAAGAUGACAAAUUAUCACUUAACUAUUCUGAAUUGUUCUAAGAACAGUGGCCUGAAGCCAUGACUUGUUUUGUGGAGCUGCUUGCUCUUUAACAGUAGCUUACCUAUUGGAUUUAAAUUGACAUUUUGGGGUUAGGUUAUCUAGCUGAGGCUUUUAGGAAUCAGCAGAUAAUGUCUGUUCCUGUAGUGGAUCAAUUUAAUUUUAUAAUUGAAUACUCUAAUUUAGAUAUAAAUAUUAUCCAUUCUAAAUCUUUGUGUUGGGAAUUUAAUUGGACUGUUGUCAAAAGCUAUUAACAGUGAACACAAGUGUAUGUAAAACAUUUCACAGAUGGUUAAAAAUUUCAAACUAUUUCUGUUUUGUUUUCAGUUUGAAAGAUUAGUUAUGUAGCAUCAAUAUCAUAACCAAAGCAAGUAGGAAGUUGACUGGUUUGGAGAAUCUUCAAGUAGUCUUAAAUACUGUAAUGUAUCAGAUUGUUAACCAGGAUUUUUUUCCUGUAUUCCUGCUAAAUGUAUUACUAUAUUAAUGCACUUUUGUAUAUAUAACUGUCUUCUGUACAUUCUGUACUUACUACAGUGUAUAUGGAGCCUGUUUUUCCUGAAACUGUGAGGGAAUAAUAAUAGCUGUAAUAGUCGUUUCUAUUUUGAGUUCUUUCUGUACUUGAAAGUAGUUCAGUAGUUAAAUCUAAAUGAGUAUGUAUGGUUGUAAUUAAAAUUGGCAAUGUGACAGAGCUGUCUUUUGAAACUGAAUAUCAAAAUGAAAAGUAUGGUUUUGGUUAUUAAGAACUCUUGUAAUAUUUUUAUCACUUUUGAUAUACCUUGAGUUUUUACAAACCCCACUGCUUCUUACUACUUAUAUAUCUGAAUCAGCUCCUUUCAUGCUCCAUCUCAGAACAUUUACCAGCAGGGAAGAAUUUCUCUCUUUUAUUUUGCUCACAGUUUGGUUAGGGCUCUAAACUUUUGUGAAAGCCCCAAUUUCCUAAAUGUAAUUGGCAAAACAGUUUUUUUCUGGAGAUAUCAGAUAUCUAGAGACAGUCUUUAUAGUAAGUGAAAAUUGGGUCUAAUUUUUUAUUGACAAAAAAUAAGAUCUAUUUUCCUUAUGUAUUGAUUGAAAAUCUUUUUAAGUUUUAAUUUUAUAAAGGAAAUGUCUGUGAGCAGUUUUAUGUAUAGAUACAGGAGCAAUUCAGCUUUUCAGCAGCAACUUUAUCUCUUGCCACUAGAGGGAGGUUUGUGGUUGUUCUCUCCAGAAGGUGUCUUAGCUGCUUUUGUUUUUAUUUUCAGAGGUUGGAAUAGAUUUUUUUCUCACAGUUCCUUUUGUGUUAUUAAAUACUUUCAUUUAUUAGUCAAAGGUAAGUUAAUUAAGCUUGUUUAAUGAAGCCAAUCUUACUCCUGCUUUUCUGUAAACUUCAAUUUUUAAUAAAUGUUAGGUAUGUGAAAUAUG